AUGCAAGAAAUACAUUCCAUCGGCGCUGGCGGUACCAGGUUCUUCGGCGGCGGAGGCGGUGACCGGAGACUCAGGCCACAUCUCAACAACAACAAUCCAAACAAUAACCAAGCCUUGAACUGUCCUCGCUGUGACUCCAUCAAUACGAAAUUCUGUUACUACAACAACUACAACCUCUCCCAGCCUCGUCACUUCUGCAAAAACUGCCGUCGGUACUGGACCAAAGGCGGCGUCCUCCGUAACGUCCCUGUCGGUGGCGGUUGCCGUAAAUCCAAACGCUCAAACAAGCCGAAAAACUCUUCCUCAUCGGAAAUCGCUGAUUUGCCGACUACUCCACCGGAGCCGGAGAACAAAUCAAACUCUCACUCGAGCAGCGAGAGUUCCAGCCUCACAGCGGCAGCGGUAACGGAAGCAGUCUCAGAACCAACACCACCAAACUCCAACGCAAAAAUCAACACCGGUUUGGAAAACGAUUCACUUGAACAACAAGGAGCAGGAGAUUGCAGUAUUUUCUCAGAGAUUGCAACUUUCACAAGCUUGAUCACUUCCUCUAACGACACAUUGCCGUUUGGAUUCGGUAACGGUAACAGUAACUGUAACGUUAACGGUUUCACCGAUGCAUCGUCGUUUAACUGGCAACAUCAGAAGGUGAUGACCGUUACCGGCGAUCAACCUCACGAACACGAAGAUGCAUUGAAGUUGUUACCGGAGAAUCUCGGUACUGGUGGUGGCUCGUCUGGAUCGUUGAUGGACCACGGUAUUGAUUUCUCUGUGCUGCAAAGCAAAACUAGCAACGGUGGAUUUGGAUCGUUGGAUUGGCAUGGUGCAGAUCAAGGUUUGUUCGAUCUUCCUAACACCGUUGAUCAUGGUUACUGGAAUCACACUCAAUGGUCUGAUCAGGAUCAGGAUCAGGAUCAUUCCACUCUCUUUCAUCUUCCAUGA